UAACGGAACAGAAUCAACAAGCUUACUCUUGAUGUACUGGAGUACCCCAGGAAUCAGUUCUAUGCCCAGUACUGUUCACUAUGUAUACACACCCGCUCAGCGGUGUCAUACAGCCAACCGGCAUCCUAUACCAUUUCUUUGCAGAUGACUCACACUUUAACGAUUCCUCAGUACCCUCAGAGGUGUCGCAUCUGGCAGAGAAAAUCAGUGGUACCGUUGCAAGGGUGAGUGAUUGGAUGGUUGAAAAUAAGCUCAAGAUGAACGAAGACAAGACAGAAAUAAUUCAGAUUGGCACUCGGAACAACGUCUCAAAAGUCGAGAGCACAGAUUCUCUUUUUAUCACGAACUGCCAGGUUCUUUAUGUCCAUGUAGUGCGGAAUCUUGAAGUUUUCUUCGACUCAACACUAUUUUUCGACCCACACAUAAGUCAGCUCUGCAAGGGUCUUGAUUUGCAGCUGCAUAGAUUAGACCAGAUCCGCGCAUAUUUAACAACGGAGUCAACAAAAAAACUAGCUGUGGCAUUCCUCAGUUCAAGAAGACUAAUAUUUAUAUUAGGUUUUUCUAUAGAAAGAAUGAUUGCUGUCUGUUUACCUUUUCAUGUCUCUAGAAUUGUGACCUUAUCUCGUAUGAAAUGUAUCAUCAUCUCUAUAGUCCUGUACAACGUUUUGUUUAAAGUCCCUGCGGUGAUGAGAUAUGAUAUUGAAUUGAUUGAGUUUGACGAGUACAACAAUGUCACAUUGCCGUAUAUCACAUUUACUGACUUUUAUAAUCUCAAUUCUUACGUCAUUCUAAGACCAAACUUUGACUCACGCUGCCCUCGCUUCGGAGAGGAAGAGAAACCGUAUCUGAUCAACUUUUUGAUUGUGACAGACUUGAUGACUUCUUUCUUUGAGAACUCACAACUUCUUGAACAGUAUGGUGACCUACAUGCACUACGAAUAACAGCAGCUUUUCUGACCAGAGCUUCUACAAGAGAUUAUUAG